CCCAGCCGUCACAGGUACAAUGAGAAGGGCAGUUAGCACGAAACAGGAAGCACCAGCUCUAAACUCUGUGGCAGGACAGAACAGCCCGUCGCUCCUCGAGGGAGGGGUUGUGUACAGCUCCUUAUUUGGUUGAGAGUGAUCACAUGGGCUGCCGCGUCUGAACAACAGUUGUGAAGAAGUCAGAGAACUUCGAACUCUGGCGAGCCCAGGAGACUUGGGGUGAGACAGAGAAAAAAAGACUCAAGGAAUAUAACACUGAGCACAUGGUGUGAGGGAAAAUGCCCACAAACUUCACAGUGGUGCCGGUGGAGGACACCCCUAUAUCAAAUCCAGACUACGAUGAAGAGAUAAUGAAAGAAGAGGACAAGGACGAGCCAUACACGGUAGCGGGACCCAAUUCAGGUGACGAGACUCCCAGAGAAACCAGCUCUUUAAUCAGUACAGAUCAUGAUGACAGCAUCUAUGGCAAGAAUAUGGCUCUCUAUGAGGAUGAGAUGGACAGCACACCUAUGGUGUCAUCUCUCCUCAACAAACUGGCCAACUACACCAACAUAACCCAGGGGGCCGUCGAGCACGAGGAGGCGGAGAGUGAGGAUGGGAUUCAGAGGGUCACCGUAAAUGGCCCUCAGAUGGGCACAUUUAUAGGUGUGUUCCUGCCCUGCAUGCAGAACAUUCUGGGUGUGAUUCUUUUCCUGCGGCUCACAUGGAUAGUGGGUACCGCGGGAAUCGUGGAGGCCCUUGCUAUCGUCUUCAUGUGCUGUUCUUGCACCAUGCUGACUGCAAUUUCAAUGAGUGCCAUUGCGACUAAUGGUGUAGUGCCUGCUGGUGGUUCAUACUACAUGAUCUCCAGAGCAUUAGGCCCAGAGUUUGGAGGAGCAGUAGGUUUGUGUUUCUACCUGGGCACCACAUUUGCAGGUUCUAUGUACAUACUAGGAACCAUGGAAAUUUUUUUGACAUACAUAAUGCCCAAUGCUGCUGUGUUUAAAGCAGAGACUGGAGAGCCAACUGGAAUGCAAAAUAACAUGCGCAUUUAUGGGACAUGCUGUUUAGUUAUCAUGACUCUGGUAGUGUUUGUUGGAGUGAAAUAUGUCAACAAGUUGGCUUUGGUCUUCCUGUCCUGCGUAAUGCUGUCAAUUAUGGCCAUCUAUGCAGGGGUCAUCCAAUCUGCCAUCAAGCCUCCCAAUUCUCCAGUUUGUCUGCUAGGCAACCGCACCUUGCAAAAUUCUAGGUUUGACAAGUGUCUAAAGACGGAGCUCAUCAACAACGUAACCACCCCCACCCAACUAUGGAAGCUUUUUUGUGAAGGUGGCAUUGAAAAUGCAACAUGUGAUGAAUACUUCACCAAUAACAAUUUAACAGAGAUUCAAGCUGUUCCUGGCUUGCUCAGCGGGGUCAUAUCAGAUAACAUGUGGGGACACUACGGACAAUACAGGGCGAUAGUGGAGAAGGAGGGACAGAGUUCAGAACAAGCUUCAGAUAACACCAAUGACAUUUCAUAUUAUAUCCUCAAUGACAUCACUACCUUCUUCACCCUUCUGGUUGGAAUCUACUUCCCUUCAGUUACAGGAAUCAUGGCUGGGUCGAACAGGUCUGGAGAUCUUCGAGACCCUCCUCUAGGGAAAGAAUUUAAAGCAGUUUACCUUUCCUGUGUGGUGUUAUUUGGAGCAUGUAUUGAAGGUGUGGUACUGCGAGACAAGUAUGGCGAGUCAGUUAAAGGGACUCUAGCUGUUGCAACACUAGCUUGGCCAUCUUCGUGGGUGAUUGUGAUUGGCUCAUUUUUCUCCUGUUGUGGGGCGGGGCUACAGAGCCUCACCGGUGCUCCCAGGAUCCUUCAGGCUAUAGCUCGAGAUGGCAUCAUGCCAUUCUUACAGGUGUUUGGUCAUAGCAAAUCUAACGGUGAGCCAACCUGGGCCUUACUCCUAACUGCAGCAAUCUGUGAGAUUGGGAUCCUCAUUGGUUCCCUGGAUCAUGUUGCUCCCAUCCUCUCAAUGCUUUUCUUGAUGUGUUACCUCUUUGUAAACUUGGCCUGUGCUGUCCAAACACUUCUACGCACCCCAAAUUGGAGGCCAAGAUUCAAGUUCUACCACUGGUCCCUAUCUUUUCUUGGGAUGAGCCUGAGUCUGUCCCUUAUGUUUGUCUCAUCUUGGUACUAUGCUUUGGUUGCCAUACUGUUUUCUGGAUGCAUCUACAAGUACAUUGAAUACAGAGGGGCAGAGAAGGAAUGGGGAGACGGGAUUCGAGGAUUAUCCCUUAAUGCAGCCCAAUAUGCCCUAAUAAAAUUGGAGGAGGCGCCACCUCACACCAAGAACUGGAGACCUCAGCUGCUGGUGCUCCUAAAGUUGGACUCUGACUUGGGGGUAAAACAUCCAUGUCUGCUCUCCUUUACCUCACAGCUGAAGGCUGGGAAAGGCCUGACCAUCGUCUGCUCAGUGCUGGAGGGCACCUACAUGGCUCGUGAGGCAGAUGCGAAGCUCUCUGAAAAGAAUAUCAAAGCGGCCAUGGCAAAGGAGAAAACGAAGGGUUUCUGUCAUGUGGUAGUGUCCUCUAACCAGCGGGAUGGUUUCUCUCACCUGAUCCAGUCUGCAGGCCUGGGUGGCAUGAAACACAAUGCAGUGCUGAUGGCCUGGCCCGCCAACUGGAAACAAGCCGAGAGCUCCCUCUCCUGGAAGAACUUCAUCGAAACCGUCAGAGAGACAACAGCUGCCCACCAGGCCCUGUUAGUGGCGAAAAACAUUGAUACAUUUCCCACAAACCAGGACCGGUUAGCUGAGGGUACCAUUGAUGUCUGGUGGAUUGUCCAUGAUGGUGGUCUACUCAUGCUUCUUCCGUUCCUGCUCCGCCAGCACAAGGUUUGGAGAAGGUGUAAGAUGAGGAUCUUCACAGUGGCUCAGAUGGAUGACAACAGCAUCCAGAUGAAGAAAGACCUACAGAUGUUCUUGUACCAUCUGCGUCUUGAUGCAAAGGUGGAAGUUGUGGAAAUGCAUGCAGGCGAUAUUUCGGCCUUCACCUAUGAGAAGACCCUUGUGAUGGAGCAACGCUCUCAGAUGCUGAAGCAGAUGCAGCUUUCUAAGACAGAGCGAGGGAGAGAGGCUCAGCUGAUUCAUGACAGGAACACUAAGUCACAUGCCACUCUGAACGACAAGGCCACGCCAACUUCUGACCGGGUCCAUAUGACCUGGACUAAAGAGAAGCUGAGUAGUGAGAGAAACCGCCAUCGGGAAGCUCACAUGACUGUGCGGGACAUCUUCAAUAUGAAACCGGAUCAGACUAACGUGAGAAGAAUGCACACUGCAGUCAAACUGAAUGAGGUUGUAGUCAACAAAUCCCAGGGAGCCCAACUGGUGCUGCUGAAUAUGCCAGGACCACCCAAAAACAAGGGCGGAGACGAGAAUUACAUGGAGUUCCUGGAGGUCCUCACAGAGGGAUUGGACCGGGUGCUGCUGGUCCGAGGUAGCAGCAGGGAGGUCAUCACCAUUUACUCAUAGCAGACACUGAGGAGAGACUGUCCAGAGCUGCACAGAUGGACUCAGGACAGGCAAUAGCACUCCAGCUGCAGGUCAGCACAACACAUUUGAGGAUCCAAGAGGAUUCUUCUCAAUAUCUUUUCAUUUAGAGUUGUCCACUCGUGAUUGGCUCGACAAACACAUUUUAAUACCAAGUGUAAACAGGGUCCUUGGAUGUGGUCUUUAAUAAUCAUUUAAAUAAAGACAGGCCAAAGACUUAGAUUUAUCCCAUAAGGCUUGAAGAGAGUGACAUCAGCUGUUGCAUUGCUGAGUCAUAUGACUACAAGGGACAGUGUUUGAAUCAUUAAAGUGCUUGUAAUUUAUAUGUAUUAAAUGUAUAUAUGUUUGUAUCUCAUCACAUUCUUCUGCUGAGCUUUAUGCACUGUGAUGUUAGUCCGAUUCAUAAGAUCUUUGUUUUGAUAUCAGUAUUGCUCACUUUGCAGUAUGUGUAAAAAUCAUGAUUAUAUCACCAGCCAAAUCAUAUGGUUGAAGCCUGUUAGUAUUAUUUGUUGUUGUUUUAAUACUAUUUUUCCCCUAAAUGUUUAAUAUGUAGCAUGUUUGCAGUCAAGUUUCCAUCCAGUUUUUGUGCUGCUUUGUUAUCGACAAAGAGAAUAUGCGUAAAAAAAAAACUUUGUGAAAAUUGCUGUCUACAGCCUGUUUCCAUCCAACUGGCCUUUUACCGAUAAAAUGGUGUGCGUGAUGACGUCAUCCCUAAAAAAAAAAAACGAAUUGUCGCAUAAGUUUUGGUGUAUCGCAAAAAAAAUUGCCCUUGAGCUGUUUCCAUACAUAAUUUCAACUAUUUCGUAAAUUAUAUAGGCUAGUAGCCUGUUCUUCAUCCAUUUGAAACAAAACUGUAUUAUAGCCUAUUAUCAAAGACUAUAGAAUACCUUGCUAUUAUUAAAUUGUACGCCUGCAUAAAAUAGUUUUUAACAAGUGUCAUGAGUUGUUGUUGUUUUUUUGUACUUUUGUUAUAGACUAUUUAGAUACUUGAUCAUCAAGCAUUAUUCAUAAAUAGGUGCAGUUGUAUUAGCCUAUCAUUAUUUUUCUGAUUAACUUUUAGAGGAAAUGUUCAUUUCGGUUAUUUUAUUUCUCCUAACCAACAACCGACGGUCAUUAAGCCAUUAUUAACCGACAAGAUUAUGUUAAAUUACAAUUAAAUGAAAUUUGAAUUGAUACAUGGCUGUAACCCAAUAAAAAUACCUACAUUUGUUUUCCUGGGAUUAAAGCCCCUUUUCUUGACAAAAAGUGUUUCCAAACAAUUUUUUGCGACAUUUGAAGUAUCGAUAAAGAAUUUAUGUGCUAAAGUUAAACGAUACUAAUAGAUAAUGUCGACACAUGAGAAAUUUUAUCGAUAAAUGGCAUUUCCAUCAGCUAUAUCGGUAAAAACUUUUGAAGCUCUACAAAAUUUUUGUAAAGAAUCCUUGGAUGGAAACCUGGCUAGUGAUGCUAUAUAAGAACCAUUUAGGUAGAACUGUGAAAAGGUUCCAUGGAUGUUAAUGGUUCUUCAAUAAAGAACCUUUAUUUUUAAGAGUGCAAGUCCAUCAUGAAGGUAAAUUCAGUGUUCAUAGAGAUCUUUUAUAAAAAGUGUAAAUAAAAUAUAUAGUGACUGAA